AAUACAUCACAUGCCAUGAGCAAGUGUUACUUUUCUGGGACCAUGAAGGCCGUAAGGCUUCUCCGUGUUUGUUCCAUGGUUCUGGCAGUUCUAGUCCAGUCUGCCAAUUCAAGUUCAUGUUUGGCACCCCUAGCCCCCCAACUCCGUAAAGACUGUCACCCCGAUCCCGGAGCUUCCGAAGCCAGUUGUCUGUCCCGGAAUUGCUGUUGGUCUCCAUGGAAAACCCCAGGCAUCCCUUGGUGCUUUGAGAAGGUGGAUUCGUGUUCUGUGGUGCCUGAACCCCAAAGAAUCGAUUGUCAUCCGGAGCCCGGAGCAGAUGAAGCUGCCUGUGUGAACCGCGGGUGUCACUGGUGUGCCUCCGAGAACACCACAGUUCCGUUUUGUUUCUACAACUCUGAAGAAGAAGCCACUUGUUCCACGAAAUUUCCCAUUCGGAACCGCGUGGAUUGCCAUCCUCAGCCAGGAGCUUCUCCAGAGGUCUGUGAAGCGAAAGGCUGUGUCUGGUGUCCUACAACCAUUGCCAAUGUUCCCUGGUGCUUCUACCCUGCCAAUGGCCCACAUGGCUACACCCUGAAAGAUGCACCGCAAAAAACAGCUCAGGGAUGGAGGGUAACAUUAAUCAAACGUGGUACUAUAUCCCUGUUUGGAAAUGAUAUCUCCCCAAUUGUAAUGGAUGUAGAAUUUCAUACUAAAGAUCGUCUUCGAUUUAAGAUUUAUGAUCCUAAUAAUAAACGAUUUGAAGUUCCACUCAAUAUUGAAUCUUCCUCAGAUGUGUCUUUUGAACCCAACUAUGAUGUUGAAUUUGUAAAUGAUACAGUCCUUCAAUUCAGAGUAAUAAGAAAGAAGACAAGAACCAUAUUGUGGGAAACGACUCUUGGAGGCCUGAUAUUCUCUAACCAGUACUUACAAUUGAUGACCUCUGUCCCAUCAACUUCCAUCUACGGAUUUGGUGAACACGAACAUCCAUCCUUUAAGCAUGACAUGAAUUAUGUUCGAUAUGGAAUGUUUUCCAGAGAUCAGUCACCAGUGGCACUUAGCAAUCUCUAUGGAGUUCAUCCUUUUUAUAUGUGCAUCGAGAAAGACUUUAAUGCUCAUGGUGUCCUCCUCUUGAAUUCCAAUGCCCAAGAUGUCACUCUGAGUCCAUCUCCUUCUUUAACAUUCAGGACCAUUGGAGGAAUCCUCGAUUUCUAUAUGUUUCUCGGCCCCACCCCUGAAAAUGUUAUCCAGCAGUACACAGAGGCUAUUGGACGUCCCUUUAUGCCCCCAUACUGGUCUCUGGGAUUUCAGCUAAGUCGAUGGGGCUAUAAUAGCAUAGACGUGCUGGAAAAAACGGUUGAACGUUUAAGACAGUAUGAUAUUCCUCAUGAUGUGCAGUAUGGGGAUAUUGACUACAUGGAACGGCAGUUGGACUUCACCUAUGAUAAAGCUAACUUUGCUGGUCUGCCCGAGUACAUUAAGAAACUGAAAAAUGAUGGAAUGCAUUAUGUCAUUAUUUUGGAUCCCUUUUUGACAAAAGAUGAGCCACAAGGUACUUACAGGCCCUAUGAACUUGGACAGGAAUUGGGAGUUUGGGUCAAUAAUUCUGAUGGAAUCACACCAGCGGUUGGCAAGGCCUGGCCUCCAGGAGAUUCAGUCUAUCCAGACUACACCAACCCCAAAACAGCAGAAUGGUGGACACAGAUGUGCAUGGAAUUUAAAAAUGUUCUUGAUUACGAUGGGAUCUGGAUUGAUAUGAAUGAACCAUCCAAUUUUCAAAAUGGCCAACAUCCAGGAUGUGAAAAGAAUCAUCUAAACUACCCACCAUAUGUGCCUGAUAUCACAGGUGGCUUGUUGGCUGAGAAAACAUUAUGUCCCGAUUCCAAGACUUAUCUUGGAUAUCAUUAUGAUACACAUUCUCUGUUUGGCUGGUCUCAAGCAAUACCUACUUUCUAUGCCUCUCAGAAUGCCACUGGAAAGCGAGCAUUUGUUUUGAGUCGUUCGACAUUUGUCGGGAGCGGGAAAUACACUGGCCAUUGGCUGGGUGAUAACUUUUCACGUUGGAGAGAUAUGCAUAUGUCAAUCAUUGGAAUGCUAGAAUUUAAUCUCUUUGGGAUUCCAUAUAUUGGAGCUGAUAUUUGUGGGUUUAAUGAAGAGACAACCUAUGAACUUUGCCUUCGUUGGAUGCAACUUGGGGCAUUUUAUCCCUUUUCCAGAAACCAUAAUGCAAUUGGAAAUAAGGAGCAAGACCCUGGGGUAUUUGGAGAAGAGUUUGCUGCUAUUUCCCGUUCUGCAUUAAGGAUUAGAUACUCAUUGCUGCCUUACUUAUACACCCUCUUCUACCAUUCUCAUGUCAGCGGAAAUACAGUGGUCCGAGGACUGAUGCAUGAAUUUACAUCAGAUCCUCAGACUCAUGGAAUUGACAGAGCAUUCCUUUGGGGACCUGCUUUAAUGAUUACUCCAGUACUUGAAGAGGGAGCAAGAUCUGUUUAUGUAUAUUUUCCUGAAGCAUCCUGGUUUGACUUUUACACAGGGGAGCAAGUACCACCUUCUUGGCUGAAGAAGUCUGUUGAAAUUCCUGCUCCUCUGGAUGUAAUUCCCCUUUUCAUUCGUGGAGGAUAUAUUCUGCCAAUACAAUUUCCAGCCAGAACAACAGUGCUGAGCCAGUUGAAUCCUUUUAGCCUGAUAAUUGCUCUAGAUGAACAUGGAGAAGCAUCUGGCUCCCUUUUUUGGGAUGAUGGUGACUCGAUUGAUUCUGUUGAAAGGGGAGAGUACUCCUAUGUGGAAUACAAAUACAGUAAUAGAACUCUGAAAGCAACUGUGAUAAAAAAUGGCUACAAUGGAAUUACUCCUCUGGCAUAUAGCAGUAUUCAGAUCCUUGGUCUCACUUCAAGGCCAAAUGUUAUUUUUAUGAAUGGAAAAAUCAUCCCAAGCAACAGAAUGAAGUAUAAUUCCAAUGGGAAAAUCACUUUAUGGAUAUCUGCACCCCUUUUGCAGGAGUUAACCAUUUCUUUUGAAUAUUGAAUAAUAACCAAAACAACAAUAGUGAAAAGUUAUCUGCAGCAAUCACUUAGAACACUUAACAAUUAUUUGAAUAAAUGAAAAUAAUUGUUUAAUUUGAAUAGCAAUACUAUUAAAGUAUUUCAAUCUUG